AUGAGCCCGCUCCCGGGACCCACCGCCAUUGUCACUGCAGUGGGUCCUGCAACAGCACCCUCCGGCGCAGCAGCAGCGGAGGCGAUCGCCAGUGCUGCAGACGAUGCUGUAGGUGCAGGACUGAAACUCGAGCAGGUGGUGGCGCCAGCCCAGCAGCAGCAGCAGCAGCAGCAGCAGCAGCAGUGGCAGCAGCAGUGGCAGCAGCAGCCGCAGCAGCAGCAGCAGCAGUGGCAGCAGCAGCAGCCUGGGGAAGGGCAGCAGCAGGUGUGCAGGGAGGGGCAGCAGCAGCAGUACAUUGAGGCGCAGGAGGGGGAGGUGGACGAAGACGAUCAGCAGGAUGAUGAUGAAGAUGAUGAUAAUGAUAAUGAUAAUGAUGACGAGCAGGAGCAGGAGGAGGAGGAGGAGCAGGAGGAUCAGGAUCCUCAGAAGGGUGGACCAGCCGCUGGCGCUGGUUUGGAGCUCAGCGGCGACCAAGGCAGCAGCGGCGGCGCAGGGCAGGAGGCGGCGGCCGCAGACGGGGGCGGAGCGCCGCGAGGUUCACGUGCUGGACGCGGCGGCUCAGGGGCCGCCGCCACGUGGCCGACG